CCACUCCAUCCGGCUCAUCAAAAAAUCACUUAAUACCACAAUCUCUUAGCACAAGCAUUUUCGUAAUCGUUGGGACUUUUUCUCUACCCCUCAACCAACAUGUCCUCUGCCGGCGCUGUGACAUCCACCCUCCGUCAUGUCACAGACCGUAAGCUUUCCAAGCUAGCGGAGCACCAGAAGCACUUUGAGGCCAACAAGCGUUCUAUUCUUGAGGCUGUCCAGAAACAAAAGCGCCCUGCGGACAAGGUGGCCAUGCUUGUGCAAGGUCACAAGCGGUUCGCCGUAAAACUCCACAACGGCAACGGCAAAUCCCUCUCGAACAUCAGCCACUUUCUCGACCAGGCACGUCACGAUCCAUCUGUUUCAAACAGCUUGUUGGGAGAAUGGCAGACUUGGUUGGAGCAGAACCUCGAAAUUCAAUCGGAUAAAUACAACUAUGCUGUGUUGUUCGGACAGCUCUUGACGGAAUGGAUUGAAAAGCCGAACGAAACUCUCCUGAGGCCUGCAUCUCCUGAUAGUGAUGCAGACUUUGAGAUCACUGGACGCAAGGAGAUGUAUGAGCAGCGCAAGCAAUGGGAAGAGAAAGUUUUUACGGAGAAGAAGACCGACAAGACCCGCAUCCAUGCUUACCUCGAUGGUUUGUUCGCCUCCAAUGGUUCUCCUAGAAAAACCAAGAAGUCAGACCUUGAGUCGCUCCGCGAUAGGCUCAAGAAGCUAGGAGAUAUCCCCGCGCUCACCGAAAGGUCCUUGCGCUCAGCCAUCAAGGGUCUUUUGCGAUCAGAUCUGUUUAGCGGGCAAAAGCGAGAAGCACUCAUUGACCUCCAAUCACGGCCAGAGGUUCUGAAAGAAAUGGUUGACGUGCUGCAAAUGGACCUUAAGGCUCUGAACACCUGGGAGUGGGAGCCCUCUCCGGUACCGCUCAACAUGCGCAAGCAGCUCAAUGGCAAGUAUCGCGUAUACAUGGACGAAGAGAUUCACCAAGCGCUAUUUCUUCAUAUCAUCGGUGCCAGUUGCGCUGUCACUUUUAAGAAGGCCUUCCAGGGACAUCUACGCUCCUGGACCCAGUCACCACAUCACUCUAUGAAUAAGAAGGAUUAUUUGCGUCGACAACACUUCCUUGGAAAAGGAAAUGUGCGCCCAAGAGGUCCAGAUUCCUCGGUGCACGAAAUACGACGCCAUGCCUACAACAACGAUUUUUUCAUGACACAGUUGCCAUCGAAAAUUAAUGAAGGUUAUCGUAGCUAUGGCGACGAGAAAGAAGAGGCUGAAGAUGACACGAAAAGCCCAAUGGAGAUCAAGCAAUUGCUGCUACGUCUCAUCUCUACGGAAAUGGUCCUAAACACCGAGCUCUACGACGAGUUCACCAUCCUCCAGAGCGAUUUCCAGUGGUUCGGGCCUUCACUGCCACACUCCACUAUCUACGCCAUUUUGGAGUAUUUCUCGGUGAAGCCUGAUCUUAUCUCCUUUUUCAAAAAGGUGCUGGAAAGCCCUCUCGUCUUUGCACAUGAUGGGCCUGAGGCGGAGACGCAUGUGCGUAAAUGCGGCGUCCCCAUGAGCCACGUCUUGUCCGAUGCAUUGGGUGAGAUGAUAAUGUUCUGCUUGGACCUGGCUGUCAACAAGAAAACGCACGGCAGGAACCUCUACCGAUUCCACGACGACCUAUGGUUCUGGGGUCAAGAGAGCGCCUGCAUCGACGCAUGGAAUGCUUUGCAAGAAUUCUCGGCAGUCAUGGGGCUCGAGCUAAACAUGGAAAAGACCGCUGCAGCGAAGGUGGUCAAGGCAGAUGCAAAGUCACAGCCAAAGGCUAGUCUCGACCCGUCUCUGCCGAAAGGAGAGGUACGCUGGGGCUUCCUGAUCCUCGACGCCGAGGCCGGACGUUGGAAGAUAGAUCAGAAUUCUGUCGACGAGCACACCAAGGAGCUUCGCCGGCAGCUGGAAGCUUGCCGUAGUGUCCUCGCCUGGGUACAGGCCUGGAACAGCUAUGUCGCGCAGUUCUUCACCAACAACUUUGGCAAGCCGUCGUAUUCUCUUGGGCGUGAGCAUAUCGACAUGGCCAUCAAAGCGUUUGAAACGAUCCAACAAGCUGUUUUCGGCGAUGCAGGAAAUGUCGCGGACCACCUACGCUCUGUGAUUGAGUCGCGCUUCAACGUCCCGGGCCACAACAUCCCGGAUGCAUUCUUCUACCUGCCUGCUGAGCUGGGCGGUCUCGAGUUGCGCAAUCCCUUCGUGCACCUGUACGGCGUCCGCCCCGACUCCAAAAAGUCACCACAAGACAUCCUGAGGCAGGGCUUGGCAGACGACGAAGUAGACUACGAGCACGCCAAAGAGGAAUGGGACCAAGGCGAGCACCAUGACAACGCGGACCGCGUGGAGGCUGACGAACCGUUCAUGAGCUUCGAGGAAUUCACGCGCUUCCGCGAGCAGACGAGCGUAUGUCUCAGGUCCAAAUACAAAUCGCUGCUCGAGCCGUACAAGCAGUGCAGCCUUGUGCGGACGGCAGUGGUGGACAACGCGCUCAACUCGCUCUCGGACAUCGACAACUACCCGAGCGCCCGCGGCCUUGGCGGCACGAAUCUGCUCGGCGCAGACGAGGAAGAUGUUCUCUCACCAGAUGAGGAUUCAGACUCGAGCGAUUCUGAGAGCGUGCGCGUUCCCGGCGAGGCAAGGGGGUGGAGCACUCGUGGCUUUGGAUCGAACUGGUUCUCGAUGGAUAGUUACUGGCAGUGGAUCGUGUCGCUGUAUGCCAGCGAGAUGAUGAGGCGGUUUGGUGGCCUGGCGCUGGGCGAGAGGAGCCUGUUGCCUAUUGGGCUGGUCAGCAUGCUGAGGAGCGAGAAGACUAGGUGGCAGGGGUAAGAAGCGAGACGGGAACAAAAAAUUGACGGAGGUGACUGAAGGAGGGAGGGACUGGAAGAAGUUGAUGGUAUUAGGCGUUUUGCUCAAAAAGACUUGCUUCAUCUCUACGAAGCAGCGGAAAAGAACUGAUACAAUACCCCAGGCACAACAGCAGGACCGGUGAACUUGCUGUAGCUAGGUAGCCUUGCAUACCAUACAACAAAAACAAUUGAGCUUCUUUCAAAAUCAAAAUCGCAUGAACAUGCAUCAAAGCUAGAAAA